AUGGAGUGGGGCAAUUACUCCACGUACGCCGACUUCGUCCUCCUGGGCAUGUUCAGCGGUACGCGAUUUCCCUGGCUCCUCUCCAUUGUGCCCAAGAUGCUGGCCGACCAGGCCAUGGGCCAGAGGACUAUUUCCUUUGCAGGAUGCACUGCCCAGAACUUCCUCUACUUGACCUUAUCAGGGGCCGAAUCCUUCUUCCUAGGCCUUAUGUCCUACGACCGCUAUGUCGCCAUCUGCCACCCUCUGCGCUACCCAGUCCUCAUGAGCCGCAAGGUCUGCUUGUUGAUCGUGGCAGCAGCCUGGCUGGGAGGCUCUGCAGAUGGCUUUCUGCUCACCCCAGUCACCAUGCAGUUCCCCUUCUGUGCCUCUCGGGAAAUCAACCACUUCUUCUGCGAGGUUCCUGCCCUGCUGAAGCUCUCCUGUACAGACACCUCGACCUAUGAGACAGCCAUGUAUGUCUGCUGCAUUCUGAUGCUCCUCAUACCUUUCUCUGUCAUUUCAGCCUCCUACACAAGGAUUCUCAUCACUGUUUGCAGGAUGAGUGAGGCAGGAGGGAGGCGAAAGGCCAUGGCCACCUGCUCCUCACACAUGGUGCUGGUUAGCCUCUACUAUGGGGCCGCCAUGUACACAUACGUGCUGCCUCUCUCCUACCACACCCCUGCGAAGGACAAAGUCGUGUCUGCCUUCUACACCAUCCUCACCCCCAUAUUCAACCCUCUCAUCUAUAGCCUCAGGAAUAAGGAUGUCAUAGGGGCCUUGCAGAAGACCAUGGGGAGGCUAUUUUCCUCAGAGAAGGUAACUGCUUUCUGA